UUUCACAGUUUUUAUUAUAACAAUAUUAGUUUCACAGUUUUUAUUCACAUCUUAGUUUAAAUCGUGGGGUAUGGUGGAGCGGGGGUUUGAGGCAUGGGUUGACAUGUGGACUUCGAGGACCAUAUAACUUAAAAAAUGAUAAUUUUGUAUAACUUAAAAAAUACCUUUUAAUAAUAAUAAAAAAACAGAUUCAAAAACUUUUUUAAAUGUUAUUAAAUUAUUUAAUUAAUAUUGAGUUUACCUAUUUUUAACAAACGGUUUCAAAAAAUUUAUAUUAAUAUGUUAGUUAUAAAAAAAGGAAGAGGUAGGUGGAAGUUAUUAUUGGUCUAUAAAUAUGGACCAUUGGUGAGAUUUCUUCAUACCACCACAAAUUCUCAGAAUCAUGUCGUCAAAAGAAAGGCGUCAAUCAAGCAUUCCAGAUUCUGUAGAGAACGCUGUUUGGCUUAAUCCGGAUGACCAAUCUGUUUAUUGGUCACAAAAUGUUCUUGACUUCUACUACGGCGGUGAUAGCCAAUUUUGCUAUUCAACUUAUAUGGGGCAGACGCCAUUAGACAGAGAGUGGUGGGGUGGAGUGCUAGGGUAUUGUGGAGAUGGAUAUAUGCAAGAAACGCAUGUUCGUGCAUGGUGUAACAAGCUAAUACAGGAUAGAGAAACAAAAUAUCGUCGGGGGACAUCUUCAUCAAAUACUUUUCGUUGGACCAUUCUACCCCCAAAUUUCAUAGACCUUCUGGCAGAACAGGAUAACGAUGCUUACGGAUACGCUACUGGCAGUGUAGAACUUUACCCUCCCUUUUGGGACGUGGAUACGGUUUACAUACCAGUAUCCAAAGAGAAAGAAGGCUGGGUAAUCUUGAAGAUAGAUAUGCACUCACUAAAAAUUACCGUUUAUUUUACCAAUAAAUGUGAUGCACUUAAUUGCGGGGAAAGAUUCUGCAUUCACAGAAGGAUACACCAAAUUCUAGUAGAAUUUGAGAGUCUCUUCUUAUGGUUCCUCGGUCGUAUACAGUAUUGGGAAAAUGCAGGACUAAGUGAGGCUGAUGCGUUGGAUUACACCGGGGAUGUUGUCUGGCCUACAUCGGAACAUCGGGUUGGUCGGAAUUCGGGUGUGAUAUUGUGUAUGUUGCUGCAAAAUCUUGUGCAAAACAGUGUACUUCCAAAUUGGCAGGAACGAAACAUGCAAGAUGCAUGUAUGAGAUAUAGAAGAUUUAUGGCGGAUCAACUCUAUUCUGCACGUUUCAUACCCCAUUAA